GGUGCGGAGCACACGCAGCGCAGAGAUGCUCUUCAAGGGCAACAGCUCCCGCCUGGAGCUGCUCAUCGAGAAGAUACAGGCCAACAAGGAGACCGACAGCCACGCCGCCGCCGCAGAAGCCGAAUUCAAAGACGCGCUGGGCACCGAGGCGGGCUCGUCGUGGAGGUCGGAGACGCCACCCGACGCGUCGCCGUCGGCCAGCUCGUGCGCGACGCCCAACUCGGCCAGCGACCUGCCCGACACCGAGCUGGCCUUCACCGUCGGCGUCACCGAGGGCACGCCCUACGCCUGCCAGUUCUGCGACAAGGCCUUCCCCAGGCUCUCCUACCUCAAGAAGCACGAACAGACGCACAGCGACCAGAUGCCGUUCCGGUGCGAGUUCUGCAGCCGGCUGUUCAAGCAUAAGCGCAGCCGCGACCGCCAUAUUAAGCUGCACACCGGCGACAAGAAGUACCGCUGCACCCACUGCGAGGCCGCCUUCUCACGCAGCGACCACCUGAAGAUCCACAUGAAGACGCACGACAACCAGAAGCCGUUCCAGUGCACGGUGUGCAACCGCGGCUACAACACGGCGGCGGCGCUGACGUCGCACAUGCAGAACCACAAGAAGGAGGGCAGCGCCUCUGCGGGCAGCGGCAGCGGUAGCGGCAGUGGCAGCGGAAGCGGCAGCGGGCCCAACACGCCCAGCCCCGGGCUGUCGGCCGCCUCGGGCUUUCGCUGCCUCUCCUGCGGGGACUCCUUCCGCAGGCCCGACGAGCUGCAGAACCACGUGGCGACGCAGCACGGCUCGAUGCUGCUGCUGAGCCCCACGUUCCACCCUGCGCCAAAGCUGGCCUGCAUCUACUGCACCAAGGACAGCUUCACCAGCAUGGAGGCGCUGCAGCUCCACGUCCACGCCAUGCACGGCUCGAUCCUGAACGGCGAGUACUCCUCGCAGCAGCAACAGCGCCAGAGCAGGCAGGCAAGUCCGGCGGCGGCGUGCACCCCGCCCCCCGGAGCGCCGACGCACCCCAGCCCGCAGCCGCCGCAGCAGGUGGACGGCCGCCAGUCGCAGCCGCCCCAGCAGCAGCAGCAGCAGCAGCAGGUGCCGUGCGAGCUGUGCACGAUGCGCUUCGCGUCGGUGGCGGCGCUGCGGCAGCACGCGGCCGCCGUGCACGGGCUGCAGUGCGGGCCGUGCCAGCUGGCGUUCCCCAGCGCGGCGCUGUUCGCCGAGCACUACCUGCUGGCGCACGAGCAGCUGCGGCCCACCGACCUCAGCAAGAAGUCGCACCAGCCGCAGCCGCAGCCGCUGUCGCAGCACCAGCCGCCGCCACCGGCGCCGUCGCUGCUGCACCACCAGCACCAGCACGACGUGCGGCCACCCGCCAAGAGGCAGCGCAGCGACUCUUCUGCCGUCUACGAGCACCCGGGCACGCUGCUGUGCAGCCAGUGCUCGGCGGCGCUGCCCGACUUCGAGUCGUUCCGCGAGCACGUGGUGGCGCACCACCUGGAACCGGCCGCCGCCGCCUCCGCCGCCCCCGGCGCGCCGCCCGCGCUGCCGCUGGCGGCCCGCUGCGCGCACUGCGGCGCCGCCUGCCCCGGCGAGGAAGCGCUGGCCGCGCACGUCGCCUCACACUUCCUGGCCACCGCCACGGAGUUCGGCUGCUCCUCCUGCCUCAAGCUGUUCGCCAAGCCCGACGAGCUGCAGAAGCACCUCAUGGACAUCCACGCGCACCACCUCUACCGCUGCUCCCUCUGCAAGGACAUGUUCGACUCCAAAGUUGCCAUCCAGGUGCACUUCGCGGUGAAGCACAGCAACGAGUGCAAGCUGUUCCGGUGCACGGGCUGCCCGGCGGCGGUGUUCCGGUCGGAGGCGGACUUCGGGCUGCACGUGCGCGCCACGCACGCGGCGCCCGCCCCCGGCUCCGCCCCCGGCGCCGGCGCCGCCCCCGGGAAGGCGCAGCAGGCCGCGCACCGCUGCCUCUUUUGCCGCCUCAGCUUCAGCUCGGAGCUCGAGAUGCAGUUCCACAUGGCGGCGCACUCCAAGCAGUUCCACUGCCCCGUCUGCAGGGAGGCCUUCCACGUCGAGUUCCUGCUCGACAAGCAUAUGCAGACGCACCACUCCACCCACCAGGUGGUGAACGGAAGCGCGCCUGCGACGCCGGAGCCUUUACAGCACGGCCCCAUAGCGCGCCAGCUGGCUCAGAAGUCUUCACCCAAGGCGAAGGGCGGGGGCGGCGGCGGCCGCAGCAGCACGGACAGCAGCGGCGCGGGUAGCCGCCUGGAGGAGGACGCCGCCUCCACGGACUCGCACCAGCACCUCGGCAGCGGCCGCAAGGGCGGCGGCUCCGGGGGCGGCGUGCGCGCGACCAAGGCCGGCGCUGCCGGGGGCGGCGGCGGCGGCGCGGUCAGCCUGCAGUGCGCCUACUGCAGCGAGACGUGCAAGUCGCGCACCGAGCUCGAGAACCACACCAAGACGCACGCGGGGGCGGCAGCCGGCGGCGUGGGCGGCGGAGGCGGCGGCGCGGGGGCGGCCGGUCCCGGCGCGACCGGCAAGCACAAGUGCAACAUCUGCGACGAGCUGUGCCCGUCGGCGGCGGUGCUGGCCGAGCACAAGCUGACGCACUGCAAGGUGGCGGCGGGCGCGCCGGCGUGCACGGCGUGCAAGGCGCCGCUGCAGCGCGAGGACGACCUGCGCGCGCACCUCGCCAGCCACGCGGGCGACAAGCUGCCCGCGCCCUGCCCCGUCUGUCGACAGACGCUCGUCUCCGACAUAGAGGUGCGGGUGCACGCCAAGUUCCACGUGCAGCAGGGCCAGCAGCAGCAGCAGCGCGGCAACGUGCCGUGCUGCCUGUGCCUCAAGCCGGGCUCGGCGCCGGCCGACGCCGAGCCCCCCGUCUGCGCCGACUGCCUGGGCAAAGCAGCGACGCGCUGCCAGGAGUGCCACCUCAAGUGCGAGUCGGCGCAGGCGCUCGAGGCGCAUGUCGCCGCCGCCCACCGCAAGGCCUACCAGUGCAUCAAGUGCCAGGUGAGCUUCGACAGCGAGGCAGCGGUGCAGCGGCACGUGGCGACGCACCUGCUGGAGGCGGGGGCCGGCGGAGGCGGCGGCGGCGGUGGCGGCGCGGGGUCGCGGCUGGAGUGCCACGUAUGCCGGCGCGCGCUGGCGUCCCCGCUGCAGCUGCAGACGCACCUGAUCGAGCACACGUUCGCGGGCUGCGGCAGCUUCACGUGCUACCUGUGCAGCGCCGUCUUCACGGCGGCCGCCGGCCUGCAGCAGCACAUGCUGGCGGCGCACGGCCCCCAGGCCAGGCCCUACGACUGCGCCCGCUGCGGCCUGCGCUUCUUCUUCCGCGCCGAGCUCGACAACCACACCUACAGCCACCACAACGAGCGCGAAGACGAAAAGGUAUUCUAUCAACAUAGCGGGAGUAACGGCACAUAUGAGCUGGAUCCCUGCUACAAACCCCAGCAGCAGCCGGUAGAAACCGCCCACACAGCGACUCCUGGUCGGCGUACUCGGUCAGCCAGGGGCAGCAAGUCCGUGUCGCCGCGUGCCAGCACUGAGAACAACGGCGCCGUCUGCUGUACGGACAGCAGCGGAGCCUCUCCGUCGCCGCAGCAGCAGCAGCUGCCGCAGGUGUGCGUGAAGCAGGAACCUGCGACUGAGCCACAGCAUCCGACGGAGGAGCACGAGGAGCCGAGCUGUGAACAGCAGCUGCCGGCAGAUGUCAGCACUGGCAACCCCUCACAGGACUCUCUGCAAGAGGACAAAGAACAGCAGCAGAUCUGCGAAAGGCCAGAGGCGCCAACGGAGUAACCGAAAUGUAAAGCCUCUGCUGCACUGUGGUAAAGGUGGCGUGCAACAAUUUACGUCCUCAAAUUUUGUUCAUUAUACAUUUCUGUAUAUAUAAGCACAUAUUCACGUCCUUUGGUAGGCCUGCCAAAUUUGGCAUACCUUGCCAAUUUGCCGCUGGCUGGCAACGUUUUGGUGGAGAUUUCUUUCAGUUCGGACUCCCAUUUAGUAAUAUUGAAAUGUUUGGUACAAAUUAUUAAGCUGUACAGACUACAUAGCGUUCGUGUUGAAUGGUAAUUGUAGUCUUUAUUUACCCUUGCAAUGCAGGAGAAAGACAGCCCCUGUGAUCUUGCAGUUAAGGGAUAAAUAGUGAUGCUAUAAUGUGUCAGUUUUUUGCAGUGGUCAGAACCCCACUACUGAUCUGAAUUUGUCUUAUGAGCGCUGUUUUCAUUCAUUUCUAGUAAGAGAUCGAAGACAGUGGACAAUGUAGUGUAUUCUCUGAGGAUUUCAGGGUCAGAAACACUGUGGAAGAAAAGUGUUUGCGACAGUGGUCGCUAUUGAAGUACGUCCAUUUAUCUCUCAGGAGCCUUAAGUCUUUUUCAGAAGAAAAAUUAUAAUUUUUGUUGUUGAUUAGUCAGCAGAAAGAUAUACUAGAAGACCAAAAUUUGUGUCUCUAAUAUUUUGUUUUUCUUACUAUUCUUGGUCUUUCCCCUAAAAAUUGUCUUUAUUUCAUGACAGGAGUACAAUCUUCAAACAUUACAUUCCAGAUUUCGCUCAUGUGCUGUAUUAUAUUUAUGAAUCAAAUCGAUAUGUUAAUGUCCAUGAUGCUGACUGACGUGGAUGUUUGUGAUACUCACUAACAACAGAAUGUCAUUUCUAACUAAAGUUAAUUGUGUUACUUGAUCUAUUGUAAUGUAUCUUAUUUCCUGAAGUAUAUUGUAGUGUUUCAUUGUAAUUAACUUUUACAACAACAUGUAAUACAUCAUAACUGUUGACUGAGCAAUGGUAGCUAAUUCAGUCAGAAAUGCCUAGUUAAAUUUUUGAUGUUAUAUUUACAAUAUGCAAAAAUUCAGUGUACUUUCUCACAGACAGUUGUUCAGUACCAUGAAAUGACACUUCAUUAAGUUUCUUACAUUAUAUUACUUUUACAAUGUAAUAUUUAGCUGUACAAAACCGUUUAUUCCAUAGCACAUGUAUUAAACUUUUGUAUAUAUAGUGAACACAUCUUUUGUAAACAGUCAUUGUUGAAUGGUGAUUGGUGAUUGAUGUAGGGACCAAAUUGAUUUCAAAGGUUUACUCUUUUGUUGUGGUUGCUUAUGUCAGAGCUUCAUCAGACAUGCAGAUCACAAAUGUUUCCCAGGCAUUUUCGUAUGCAGUAAUAUUCAUGGAGGCAAUUAUAAUUGUUAACACAGAAAUGUUGAUUUAUUUAUAAGUUGUAGAUAAACAUAUUUCAUUGAUAACUACUUUUGUUGAUAAUGUUUUUAUGUUAGUAAGAUUUGGUGAGUCGAUUA